AGGCAAUGUCUUACACUUUCGUAAUGUAACAAAAGACGACCGUGGAAUUUAUCUCUGCGAUGCGGUGAAUAGUGUUGGCAAAGGUGUACGGCACAUUGUCGACUUUCGUGUAGAAUUUGCCCCAGUCAUAACGGCUUCGAAAAUCAUGUAUACUCAUAGUGAUCCUUCGAAGCAAGACAUGGAUGUCCAAUGUCUUGUAGAAGCUUAUCCAGCUCCGAAAAUUGAUUGGCUAUAUAAUGGAGUUAUACUAAUCGGCGAUAACAACAAAAGAUUCAGAAUUAUGGAAAAGGCCACUGAACACCAGCUUACCUUUUCGUCUUUAAAUUUUCUCAAAAUUGAUUAUGAUCGAUACGGCAAGUACUCAUGUAAAGCUCGGAACACAAUCGGUACAGCUGAAGUCACAGUUAUUGAAACACCGUGCCAAAACCCAAAGUGUGAUACAAAACGCAAUCGUCCGGAGCAUAUACCCAAUUUCUAUGGUUUACCUUUUGAAUAAUUAUACUUCGCAAUAAUUAUAAUAAUAUAUAUAAUAUAAUAUAUUUACAUUAUUUUUAAUAAUAUUAAAUUUUAGAGAUAAUGAAUUCUAAUAAUGUCAAUUUAAAUGGUAUAAUUUGUAUAAUUAUCUCUCGGCAGGCCAAACAUUUGGGUACUAAAUGAGGUUAUUUAGAUAUAAAUAAUUGUCUGGUGUAAACCACAUUUUAAUUUACACAAAUAAAAGUUACACAUUUUUUAUGAUAUUAUAAUGCUAUUUACUACAAUUCAUCGUACAUUAAAUGUCGCCUAUAAUCAGUGAUAAUGGCCAACUUGUGGAGCAUUUUCAUCAGCUCUACUGUUCAAUUAUUACACAGGCCGGUAUAUGCUAACAAUUUAUUGUACUUGGUGCGUACCCAAGAAAUUUUAUUUGAGUAGUAUUUUCAUAUCAUUAAAAUAAUAUAGACGGCGUGUGAUGGUACUACUAGCUCUCUGUCAUAACAGCGCGGGCCCUAGAAAUUAUUUCAGUUUCACUUGUAUGUAUUUAGUCCUUCUAAAAAAUUUGAAUUCAACAACUUUUCACACUUCAUUUUUUUAUCUAGUUUCUUACUUUUAUUUUCUAAGUGCUCUACGUUUUUAUGCUGUACACAAUUUUUU